AUGGCUACCAUAUCCAAACACAAGAAGGUGAGGAUGGUGAAACAGAAGCUCAAACUGUUUCGUGCAAAUGAGCCACUGAAAAGUGUACUCAUGUGGGGCAUCAACUACUCAUUUUCUACCUUAAAUCAUGUUAAACCACGUGCGCUAUUGCUGAAAGAUGAUUUCAAGGCUCAUAUGAAGGUGAAAGUGAAUAAUCACUAUUUCAACAAGGAAAAUAUGCCAAGUCGAUUUAAGUUUAAAGAGUAUUGUCCAAUGGUGUUCAAGUCGUUGCGAGAUCGAUUUGGAGUUAAGAAACUGGAUUAUUGGGAUGCUUUCACCAGAUAUCAACCAUUAUGGGAUAGUACACGAGGUAAAUCUGGUUCGAAGUUUCUGGUCACCUACAACCGUCAAUUCGUGGCGAAAACGAUCAGUUCUGAAGAAGUGGAACAAAUGCAUCAUAUGCUAGAAGAAUAUUAUUCUUAUAUUGUCAAAGGACAUGGCCAGACGUUGCUUCCUCAAUACUUAGGACUUUAUCGACUCACUGUGAACGACCAAGAGACGUAUAUCCUUGUUAUGAGAAAUGUGUUCAGUCCGAGACUGGCUAUCCACAAGAAAUAUGACCUGAAGUCGAAGCCGUUGCCGACGCUGAAAGACGCCGAUUUUCUGACUGAUAUAUGCAAGAUACACAUUGGUGAAGAGGCGAAGAAGAAGCUGUUGAGCACUUUGGAGUCUGAUAUACUGUUUUUACAAGAAAACAAUUUGAUUGAUUACAGUCUUCUAAUCGGUGUCCACGAUCCUGAGAUUGCAUUGACUACUUCAAAUGAGAAUGAUGGUGAUGACGUGGAAGGGACUGGUGACUCCGUGUUGGAUGCUAAUCGAGCGUUUGAGGAUAAGGUGGUGUCAGCAGGAGAUGGUCUUGGGACACUUGUAUCACACGGUCAAUAUAACCAUCCGUCGACGACGAGAUCGAGUAUUGCGUUUGGCUUGGCUUCAUCGGGUACUGGUGGUGUUGGGACUGGGAAUGUGAGCACUGGUGAUGACGAUGACGAUGAAGAGGAAGGAGUUUUGAUACCGGACAGCAAUCCACAAGUGCCUCCGAACGAUUUAACUCCACCGGACAGUCCACCCGGAGCGAUUUGUCUACCUCAAUUGUUUUCAGGUGAUCUGCAUCCUAGUUUAGAAUGCUAUGGAAUCAAAGGUUCAACCGAUUCUCCUCAUUCACUGAUUUAUUUUGUGGCUAUUAUCGAUAUACUAACGCGUUAUGGAAUGCGUAAGCGUACAGCUCAAACGUAUAAAACAGUAAAGCAUGGUUCAGAUGUGACCUCUGUGAAACCGGAAUUCUAUGGUCGUCGUUUAUUGGAUUUUGUUGAACAGUGCGUUGAUUGACUUCGAAGUGUUUUUGAUUUGAUUUGAUUUGAUUUUUCAGUUUACCUCUGUUUCCUCUCACACUUAUCCAGUAAAUAUUGUAUGCUUGUAUAUACACAUUGCCUGACAUGUGCAUACACAUACAACAUACAUGCAUUUAUCUGCAGAUGCAAACACACAGCACACAAACACACACACACACACACUCACUGAACACCCGUACAUCCACGCAGCCAGAAUACAUUCACACACACACACACACAACACACACACGAAUACACACUUUAUAAGCGAAUUAUUAUCUCCCGUGCUUCAGGAAUUGUCGAAAAUUGUGAUCAGAACUACUUUUUCCUUUUGUCUUUUUUCUGCAUUUCAACUACUUAUUUCUCUUUAUUAUAUUAUAUUGCUUUGUGACACUGCCAGUUGUGUCCAGUGUAUGUGAUUUUGCAUUAUAAUUUGUUGUAAUAAUACAAGUACAAAUAAAAAUGAUCAUAACCACUA